CGCUGGCGCAUAUGCAGGGAAGAGGUUUGACAGACGAGUCUUGAUAAGAGAGGGUUCACGAACAGCCUUAAUUUCACCAUGACGAUGACCGGAGCUGGGGAGGCACAAGGGAAGAAAAUGAAAAUUUGCUGACAUUGUUUGACAAAGUAUGGCAACAACCGUGGAGAGAUAUUGGUGACUUCCUUUUUACCGUUGAUAACCUUCGCCUUUCUUUUAUAAAAGGACCGUUUCUCUUCGCUUUGCUGAUCACUUGUGGCACAACCGUUUAGGAAACGUUCCUUUUUAUCGCAGACCUUCGCUCACGAUAUUGACAUAUAAGUAUCGGUUAUUCGCCUACGUCUACAUAUACUUCGACACACAUAGAGAACGUUUUCACAAUGUCGGAGGUAACUUCAUCGAUAGAGAAACACGAGAAUAAUGCUGUUAUUCAAAAGACUGCAACGUCAGAGAGACACAUUUCCUCUCGGGACGCAGAUGUCACUUUGGCUUUCAUGGCCAAACAUGAUGCAGAUGUUCCUGAGAUCACGCCAGCCGAAGAGAAGAGACUUAGCAGAAAGUUGGUCGGAAUCGUGGUGUUUUUGACUUCAAUGACUAACUUGUUACUUUACUCGGAUAAAGCUACUCUAUCCUAUGCGUCUAUUUUCGAGCUUUGGGCUGAUACAGGGCUAGACCAAAACAAGUACAAUAAUUCCUCCACUCUUUUCUACUGUGGUACUAUUGUUGGCCAACUCAACCUUCUUCUUGUCCAAAGACUUCCACUUGGGAAGUUGAUGACUGCUAUUUCUGUCUCGUGGACCAUUAUCAUCUUCCUACACUGUACCGCUUCCAACUACCAGGGUAUCUACGCUUUGAGAUUUUUUUUGGGAUUUGUUGAAGCAGUUGCCGUUCCUAUGCUCAAUAUCACAAUGGGUCAAUUUUUAACUGCUGAUGAGAAGGCUGCAACGGCUCCAUUGUUCUAUUCAACUUGUCUUGGUGUGACUAUUCCAGUUGGUUUUAUUGCCUACGGUAUUCUUUACUCCAAAUCUAGUGUUCCGAUCUGGAAGCUUUUCUUCAUAAUUAUUGGUGGUUGUACUUUCCUCUGGACCAUUGUCAUCUUCUUCCUCUACCCUAGUAACCCAACUGAUGCAGUGUUUUUGUCUGAAAAGGAGAAAAUCUGGACUAUCAGAAGAGUACAAAGAACGACAGGUGCCUCAAUUGAGCAGAAAGUUUUCAAGAAAUCACAAGCAAUAGAGGCUUUGUUGGAUCCUGUGUCUUGGUUGUUUUUCUUUUUUUUCCUCUUACAGCAAUUGGCCAACAACUUACCUUAUCAACAAAACUUACUUUUUGAAGGUAUUGGGAGAAUCAAUAAUUUGGACUCGACGUUAGUUUCAGUAGCUUCAGGUGGUUUUGCAGUCAUAUGUUGUGUAAUUGCAACAACUUUCCUGUUCUACAAAACGAACUACACUGCAUUCUCGGUUGUUUUUUGGACUAUUCCUUCGUUUGCAGCUUCCAUUGCUGUUGUCACGAUCCCAUGGGAAAAAAAGAUUGCUCUUUUGGCCAUGCUCUGUUUAGCCUCUCCACUUUUCGGUAUUCCUUGGAUCUUGAUGUUCUCUUGGGCUUCUACUUCCUGUUCUGGUCACACCAAGAAGUUGACAAGGAACGCAAUGGUUAUUGUCGGUUACAGCAUUGCGAAUAUAAUAUCUCCUCAGUUGUGGAGGCAGAAAGACGGACCAAGAUAUGUUCCUGCAUGGAUUGUUCAAAUUGUACUUUCUUUCUUUGUUGCUCCGUUAAUUGCCUUAGUUAUCUGGUUCAUUUUAAACAAUAGGAACAAAGUUAGAAAGCAAGUUUUAGCAGAAGAGGGUGAAGCUAAGGGUUUUGUCAGUGAUGACUCUAAUGGUGAGUUGGAAGUCGAUGGUGCUAAUUUGGACCUAACAGAUCUAGAAAAUGAUAGAUUCAUAUAUCCUUUGUAAGUAGGACAACUUUUUUUACUUUGGUGAAUGCGUGGGACUGGAUUGAACAUUCAUUAUGCUUUUUCGAAACUUUUUUUUAAAUUUAUCUUAUAAUUUUACCUUACUUUGAAAGUAAUUAAACCAUAUAAUUUGAUAGCUAGCGGUAUUCAUAUUUCUAUUACUAAAAGGAGA